CGUGAUCGCUUUGUUGAAAAUAUACUCUCGACACGUCAAACAAAUAUAUUAACGGAAGUUGUGAGAUCGAAAACAGCGCGAGGUAGCUGGAUUAUUAUCCAAAUCACACGGUUACAUCACUGCCGAUAAAUUUACACGUCGAAAUCGCUCAGCAUUUUGUUAAGUUCGAACCGAAGCAAGGACCUUUCCAUAAUCAGUAAUGCGUACCACAUUUGUGCUCCUCGUUUUAACGAGCGACUUGAUCGCAAAGAUGUCUGCUACUCACAUAAAGAACAUAUUACCGGAUCUACACAUAUGUCCAAGAUCGGAGCUCCAAACAUGUUUACCGCAAAGCCUGGAAUCGAUGAGAUCUUACAUAGCGUAUGGUAUUCCGUUUCUGAACGUACCCGCUUUCGAGCCAUAUUAUACAAAAUUUUGCAAUAUAACCUUCGAAAACAAUUAUAUCGCUAUGAUAACGUUUAGAAAUACAUAUAUUAACGGUAUAUCAAACUACAAGAUAAGUGAAGUCAAGGUUUCCAAGAGGAAUGGUUAUAUCACAGGAAUGAUUAUUCAGUUUCUCGCACACUUUUCAUUCGUCAGUGUGUCCACUGAGUUCGACGCAUAUGCCUUAUUCGAGCCUUAUACUACGCUUACUAAAAGUAGUACAUACAGAUUAAGCAGCGAUCUUGAGGACGUCAUUGCCCAAAUUACUAUAGGAGGCACGAAUUUAGUGAACGAAGAAGAGAAUGCACAAUAUUUCUUAGUGAAGAAUGUCAUCAUGCGAUUCAGAGAGAUUGGACACAUAAGGACUGAUAAACAAGAAAUAGGUAAUCCUGAUGAUCUAAUGCUGUUGGUAAAUCAUUAUCUUAAACUAGAGUGGGAUGAAGUGACUUCCGAAUUGAUCUAUAAAAUCGAAAACACAGCAGCUGUCUUUAUCCAAACCAUCUCGAAUAGGAUUUACACGAGUUUCCCAACUCAUAUGUUAAUGACUUCUUAAAACGCGCUGUUGCUUUGAUUUUAUGAUCGUGACGAGGAGAAUAAUUAUUUUAUAACAAGUGUUACUCGCUAGCACAAUCAGUUGUGCAACACUUAUUUAUUAUUUUAUUAAGAAAAGUCGUAUAUGCUUUGGAAAAUGGCUUUUUUCUGAUCGUGUUCGGUGCGCAUCAAAUGCGAACGAGUGCUCGCAAGUUUACAGUUGUGAUAGAACUCGCAUGAUAAUAUACGGUA